AUGGAAAAUCACGCUAUAAAUUUAAAUUUUGAAUUACCGAAUGAUGCUAUAGCUGCUACUAAGUCACUUUUGGAAAUAUUUUUAACUAAACUGUAUCCAUAUUUGCAAAAGAUUGGAGAUAAUAUACAAUCAUUACUAAAGGACGGUAAUAAUCUUCGAGAUAAUGCAAUGAAUAUACACAAUUUGUUUAUACUGUGUGUUAGUCAAAUUAAUAAAUCUUAUUUAACAAUGAUUGAUGUCUUAAAAAUAGAGCAUCACAUGCAUAUUUUAUUACAGGAAAGUAGGCAAUGUACUUUAGAAAGAAUAUCAUGGUGCUGCAGCAGAUUGGUAUCAAUAGAGCAAAAAUUGGAAGCAAUGAAUAAUAAAGAAAUGUAUGAAAGCUGUCUUGAUGACUUAAUGUUUGAAUCACCUAAGUAUUUUGUUAACUGGAUUGAUCAGACAUUUGAUGUUCUUGAAUCACUAGUGGCUUUAGCUUCUGAUGAUAGAUGUAAAGGUUCCCAGGAGCUUAAUGAUUAUUGGAAAGAUGAUAUGGUUGAUUGUGUUAGUAGUUUACACACAUCUAUGGAUGAGCUAUUAUUGUCAGCCAUGACAUUAUGCAGGCAUUGUCUGCCUGCAGAUCAGCCCAUUAUUAAAGCAAGGUGUCAAGUGGUGCUCAGAGAAACAAAAGCUCUUUUAAGUGAAAUCAUUGAGGGUGAUAUCAACACAGUAUUUGAAGAUAAAAUAGUGCCACUGAAAUUACCAAUCAGACCUUCAAACAUCAAUGUGCUGAUAGAUGUUUUGAAGGAUGUACUCUAUGUCUUGGAGACUAAUACAAACACAGCUUUAUUAGCACUACUAAUACAUUGUUUUAGCUACAGUGUUUCACCAGUAGAUGUUUUAAAAGAACAUUAUGUUGGUAGUAAUAAGGGAAUAUGUGAGUGUGCAAAGAGUGAUGAUAUAACAACAGAAACAUGUUGUACUUUUGUCAAGGAGUUUGAUUUGCAUAAUGAGAGACUAUUGCAUAUAGGAUUAUUUGCAGUAUCUUGUUCUUCGGAUGAUAAAAGGAUUUUAGCCCUUCGUAGCAAUCUUGCUAGUCUGGAAGCCUUGGACCCACAUCUAGUACCAGCAUUAAUUAUGUCGCCAGAGAGUCAUCAUUCUAUGCUUUUGAUGAGUUCUUGGAAUAAAGAAGUGUCAGAGAUAAGAGACGGUGUGUUCCUAAUAGUUGACCCUGCAGCUUUUGCUGGUAAAGUAAGACAAAUGAUGCAUCAAAAACUACUGGAAAUCUUAAAAGACAAGUCCUAUGACAACAACAAGAUUUGUUCUGUUAUAAACAUGGGUUGUGUGGCUUAUGAUUUUUUCAAUGUUUAUAACAAGCAUGAACCUGAUGCUAUAAAUGAACGGGAAAAACUGCUUCCUCUUUUGUCGGAUUUACAUAAAGUGCAAUUGGAAUGUAAGGUUGUGAGCGAUCUCCUUAGUUCUGGAAACGAUUUUGUAUACAACAUUAAGAAAACUAAGUCUAUAGAAAAUAAUACUUCCAUAGAACAAAUGCAUAAACGUCUAAAACUCCUUUAUACAAUAGUCAACAGAAUUAAUGUCUUAUUGCAUCCAGAAGAACAUGAUGAAUUCUUUGCAGACGAAGAGGAAGGGUUUGAAAAUAAUGUCACACAUACAGUUUGCGUCAAAAAGUACAAAACAUAUGUGAAUACGCCUAAAAUAGGGCAAAAAAUUCUAUCAAAAAGCAUCUUUGGCAGAACAACAAAUUUACGUUCAUCAAGCAAAACUCCUUUAUUCAAGCUGACCAAGCAUAUGAAGCACAAAAAGAUACAAAAUCUCAAUUUUACAAUAGAAUUGGAUGAAGCGUGUAAUGCAUCAGAUUUUAAAGCUCAAGACAACAGAGAUUCUUUGACAUUUUUUUAUUCACCUUUGAAGAAACGACCAUCUUUGAGAAUGGCAGUAUUAAAUAGACACAAGUUAAACGUUGAAAAAGAAACAUUUGAUGAGUCCAAAAAAAUCUGUGAAGAAAAUACUAUGAUGGAUGAAUCUUUAGGUUUGCAGAUAACAGAGGUUUUAAACCAGAUUAAUGACUUGACCACUACAUUUUGUGCAAGGACAUAUCAAGUCGAUUCUACGGUACAAUCCAACAAAUAUGAUAAAAAUAGACAAGGUGACGGUGUAUUGAGAUUAAAUGAUAAUGAUAAAAUGAAUACAACUGUAACAAAACACAUUUGGAAUAUUCCAAUAAAUACAAGUGGUACAGAGCCAGACAGUAGUACCCUAACAUCUAAUAUUUCUCAACCGUCCAACGUUACUACCUUAGAAAGGCUCAAUGAUUUAGAUCUUGUAGAAAGUAAAUUAAGUAGUUUAAGGGUAAUGCAAAUGGAAACUAGUUUGUAA